GGGCGUCAUUUCGCGGCAGCCAAAGCACUCCUGCCUCUUAACAGUUCACUUCGCUCGGGACGCAAUGGAGGCUUUCGGUGCAUACCUGCACAAGCCCGUCUGCCAGUGGGUAACGUGCUACGGCUGUCACAUACCAUCUAACGCGGUGCCUGGCGGUGAAGACGGCGGAGAAACCGCCUUCGUAGGACGCGCGGUGCACGACGAUGACGUCAUCCCGGGCAAGGUCCUACCUUCACACAGCUGCUGCUACGUCUCAUACGCCGGCGUCGAGCACAGUUACAAGGAAUAUCAGGUACUCGUCUCCACCGGCACCCCGAUGACGUGGGUACCAGAUUCCGACGGCUCCGUGCCAACCGGAGCCAUCCAGGGGGGUACUUGCGCCAAUGGAGAACCGCUGUACAUCGGCCGCGCCUACCACAACGGCACACUGACCAUCGGCAAGGUGCACCCAUCGCACAACUGCCUGUACAUCCCGUAUGGUGGUGACGAGCACAGCUACACCGACUACGAAGUGCUGGUUUCCGAGACGAUCAACUUCCACCGUUUCGCAGCACCCACGUACCGGCCCGUGUGCGAGUGGGUCAUGUGCUUCGAGAACCGCAUCCCGUACAACGCGGUGCCCGGCGGUGAAGACAGCGGAGAGACCAUCUACAUCGGCCGCGCCGUGCACAACGGCGAGGUGAUACCGGGCAAGGUGGUGCCGUCUCACAGCUGCUGCUACGUGGCCUACGAUGGCGCCGAGCACAGCCACAGGGACUACCAGGCUCUCAUCUCGGACGGCACCCCGUUCGCAUGGGCGCCGGCUUCCGACGGCGCGAUUCCCACGGGAGCCGUCCAGGGCGGCGUGUGCGCUUCGGGCGAGCCGCUCUACAUCGGCCGCACCUACCACGAGGGCACGCUCACCAUCGGCAAGGUGCAGCCUUCUCGCCGCUGCCUCUCUAUCCCGUACGGCGGCGAGGAGCACUGCUACAGCGACUACGAGGUGCUGGUGGUACAGACGGUCAACUUCUGA